AUGCAAGUCCUCACAGCCACCGCCAAUGGAGCAACGACAGUCUCUGCCCCUCUCGACACUCCGCAGGCAACGAGUGUACAGGGUAUCGCCCAAGGGAUCGCCCACCUUAACGUGUCGGCCGAGAACGAGCAGGAUUUGAUGUUCAUGGCAGGUUCGUAG